AUGUCCAUCUCUCAUUCUCUGCUUAUUCUCUUCUCUUAGUUCUCUUUGAUAACUUACUUUGUUUCUCGUUACAAAUAUUUGUAACAGGAUGUGGUCGAUGUUGGGAGGCUUACAAGUCAACAGAAUGUGUUUCACUGGUGCGUUGUCGUUCCCUUCUCCAACAAUGAGUCUUAAUAAUGAAUUCGCAAGAUACGCUCCGCCUAAGAAACGUAAGUUAGAUGAAUUAGAGAGCCUGAAUACAGAAUCUCCACGUCGUAAUGAAUUCGCAAAAUUUGUUCGAGGUGAUGGCGAGAAUUCCAGCAGUCCAAACCAAGAUGCAACUCAUGCAGUUCUGCUGGAUCUGCAAAUGGCCCACAGAUUGUUCGAGCGCCCUCUAACCAAGAAGCAAUUUGACAAGCUCAAGGAUGAUCUACAGCUAUCUCUUCAAAUUCGCCUGAAACAACUAUUAGAAUCCAAACAAGCGUGUGAAGAUGUUCUUGAAAUGGCUGAUUCGGCGUAUGUGUUGAUGCUUUUAAAUUCUUCAAAUCCCAAGGGCGAGGAAGCUAGAAGGGCAAUAAUGUUGUUCCAAGAAGGGGAGAGACUGAUAACCGAUGGUCAACACCUGUUAAAAUCUGCCUUUCCCGACGUGUUUACUGCCACCGACUGAUAUGGCCGGCCAUCCAGUCCCGCACGCUAGUAAUUCCUGAAUCUCCCAAUAACAACUUUUACUUCACUUGUGUAUGUGUGGAUGCUCUUAAAUUCUUCAAAUCGCAACUAGGAAGCAGUUGGCGAGAACUCUGUCAGGCAAUAAUGUUGUUGCAAGAAGAUAUAUGAUAUUUUUACGGCUUUCUUAUGAAAUAUUUGUGAAAUUGGCAGAAGUAAGUAGGAUAUGGAUUUAUGCAAUUUAGGAAAUGAUACGUUGGAAAUUGCCUUUACGACUUCGUUGUAAAUUCUACUGUUUGGCCGAUUUCAAUUUUUUAGCAGUCUUUCGAAAAGACAACUUCCUGUUUAAGUAAUAAAAUAUUCUAAAUUUGAAAAUAAAA